AACGGCAGUGGCCUCCGGCGUGCUCUGUCAGUCUUCCUUCAGUCGGUUUUUACUAUUGAGCAAAGAAUGAUUACUCGUAUAUAUUUAUAUAAAUUUUUUUUUUUAUUAAAAUACAACAAAUAAUAUUUGACUUGAAUAUAAUCCCUCGGGAUAUAAAAAAACAAAACAACAACAACAAAAGUAAUCAUUUCAUUUAGUGUCUAUUUUUUUUUUUUUUUUUUUUAUAACAAAAGUCGUUUUUUCUUUGUUUUUUUUGUGCUAAAUUUGUGAAUUGAAUUAAACUUUUGGUGAUUUUUUUUGGUUUAUAUUACUCAUCUUUAAACAGUUCAAAGAAUACAAGAUGCAUUUGUUCAAGAGAUUAUCUACUGAUCCAAGUCCUCAGCUAGUUUCAGCAACGUCAAUUUCAACUGAUGAAUCAUCAACAAAUAUUAAAAAUAAUGAUCAGCUAUUGACAACACCAAAAAGAGAUUUAGAUUCAGAAAUAAUGCCAGCACCAGUGUCAACAGUUUCAGCAAAAAAAAGUAUCUCAACUUGGGGAAAAAAAGUAGGACGUACAUGGGAUCAGUUAAAAAGAUCUGAAAGUUCAGAAUUACUUUCAAUGUCAGGUAGACGAAGACGUUGGAGUCCAAAUAGAAAAAAUUCAUCAACUGCAUUUGCUGAUAAUGAUAAGACUCCAAGAAAUUUAGAUAAAUCUAAAAGAAUAUCAAGAGUUGAAUCAUUGAGAAAUUUAUUUAGAACAUCAAGUAACAGUAAAGAUGCAACAAAAAAAACAACAACAACAAUACAAGAAGAAGAACCAACAAUAUUAAAUAUUUAUAAAAUCGAAAAAACAUUGAGUGAUGGUGCUCUUAAAUCAAUGACAACACAAGAUAAAAUUGAUACCAAAAAUAUAUCUAAAAAAGAAUCUUUAAUUAUUAAAAAGAAAGAUGAAUUAAAUAAACUUCAAGAUAAAAAAAAAGUACUAGAUUUUAUAAUAGAAAAUCAAGAAAUUAUAAAAACAAAAGAACCAACAAAUAUUGCACUUGAUGCACUUGAUUGUACAAAUAAUUUAGAACAUAAUUUUCAUAUUAAUAAACAUGAUACAAAUACUGUUAAAAGAAAUAUAUUUCAAUCGAAAAUAACAAAUGAAAAUGAAAGAUUUGAGCACAGAAAAUCUGGAUCUGCAAUUGAUGAUUUAUUGUGUAGUUUAAGACUUGGUUGUGAUGAAAGUGGUUAUGAUUCAGACAGUACUCGAGCUGGUGCUGAUUCACCUGAUAGUGAGGAUGCUGUAACAGCAAUGUCAAAACCAAGAAGUUUUUCCAUCACUUCUGAUGAUUAUCCUGUUAAUGAUUUAUCAAAAAAAAGUACUAGUUAUGAUAAAAAUAAAAAUGUAACAAAAAAAAUUGAUACAACAACAAAUAUGAUUUAUGAUGAAGAUACUGACGAAUGUGAUGACGAAGAAAUGCUAGAUGCACUUAAAAAAGAUUUAUAUAUUAAUGAUAAAAAUAAUAAUACUAAUAUGAAAAUGGAAGAGACAAUAUAUUCACGUAAUUUUGCAACACCAUUAAGACAUUCAACAAGACAAUUAUUUCCAAAAACUCCAUUGGGAAUUAAAAGUAAAAAUGCACAAAAUAUUUCUAUUUUAAAAUUAUUAGAUAAUGCUGCAUCACCAUGUCAAGAUAGUCCACCAGCUACAAAAUUACCAACAAUAACACCAGCAACAACAACUAAAAAUAUAAAAUUUAAUUCAAAAAGAUGUCGUUCAAAAAUGGAAUCAUCAGAAUCACAAGAAGAUUUAUUAAAAAAUAUUGUUAAAAGACCACCAGUAUAUAAAACAAGUGAUUCAACACCAAGAUUAUUAACAAGACGUGAAUUAAAAACAAUGAAAAUACAAAUUAAUAAAAUUGGUAAUUUAGGAAUAAGUUUAGAAAGACAAGCAGCUGUUAGACCAUUUUAUAUUAUAUCAAAAAUGGAUCCAAAUGGUGAAGCAUUUAAAUCAAAUUUGCUUAAAAUUGGUGAUGAAAUUGUUCGUAUUUCUGGUAGAAGAUUACGUGGUAUGAAUUUAAAUGAGGCAAAAAAUGCAAUACGUAAUUGUACUGGUCUAGUUGAAUUACAAAUAGCAAGAGAACCAAAUUUUAAUAUUGACGGUGAAUUAGGUGAUACAUGGGGUGAUAAAAUAACACGUACACAUAGUGAUACUGAUGUAUGGAAUAUGAGAGAUACAUCACCAGAACGUUGUAAUACAAUAAGUCAAAAUAGUGACAAUAAUUUUGAUGAUAUACCAUUUGAUAAUUUUAUAUCAAGUCAACCAACACCAAUAAUACAAAAUGAAUUUAAUGAUUCAUCAUUUGAUCAUGAAUUUUCAUCAAGUCAACCAGUAUCAUCAACACAAAAUAAUUGCCAGUCAAUUGGUACACUACGUAAAGAUAAAAAAAGUUUUUCAACAAUGACAAUUAAUAAUACAAAUGAUGAUGAUGAUUAUCAAAAAAAUAAUGAUACAAAUAAAAUAACUGGAAUGAAAAAAUUUCAAAUAAUUAAAAAACGUAAUUCAAAUUUAAUGCCAUUAAAUCGUCGUGGUACUAGUUUAUCAAUGGAUUUAAUAACAAUUGAUUUAGAAAAAGGUGGUUCUAAAAAAUUGGGUUUUAGUAUUGUUGGUGGUGUUGAUAGUAAAAAAGGAAAAAUGGGUAUUUAUGUUAAAGACAUAUUGCCAGAUGGUAAAGCUGCUGAAGAAGGAACAUUAAAAACAAAUGAUGAAAUUUUAGCAAUUAAUGGACAUCCAAUGGAUGGACUAACACAUGCUAAAGCAUUACAUUUAUUUAAAACUGCUAAACCUGGAAAAAUAAUACUUCAUAUUGGACGAAGAGAUUCAAUGCAUAAACGGUUAUUACUUGGACGUUAAAAACUCAUUAACAUGUAGAUGUGGAGAACAGUCAAGGUCAUAUGAUUGUCUUGACAAGCUGAUUGAGUGUGGAGAUGAACAAAAUUAAUUAAGCUUCAAUUAUUCAACAAAAUAUUUCACCAAUUGAACAAGUUUUUUUUUUUUUUCUUUUCGUAUUUAUUUUAUUUAUAUAUAACUUGACUUGAUAUUUAAGUUUGUGUGAAUAUUUUGUUUAAUUUUUUUUUUACUCAUUAAUCUUGCCGAAUUUUCAUUGUGAUACUUGAUUAAGAAUUUAUUUAAUGUUUAACUAAAAAGGUAUUAUCAUUACCUUGAUGUGAACAGAGACAAUAAUUUAAAUUAAUAUUAAUAGUUUUUUUUUUUUGUUAUAUGCGUUCACGAAAUUUAUGUAAAUGAAUUGUAUCAUUUUUUUUCCAACAGAAUUUAUUUCUAUUGUUUUUGUUUUUUGAGAUGGCCUAUCCUCGUUAGAUUAUUUUAAUGCUAACAUUGGUUUAUGGUUUAACAGAUGAAUUAAUUUGUUCGGUUCAUUUUUAACACAUGUUUUUUAUUUUUAUUAAUAAUAAUGAUGUUGAGUUUGGACCAUUGAGUAUAAUGAUUAAGCUUAAGUAAUAUUUAGUCAAUUUAAAUAAUCAUUAUGAGAUUGACAUUAAAAAAUGUCUAAACCUGAUAAAAUG